AUGAGUGUGAGUAAGUGUGUGCAUUGUGGGCACGAAGACAAUGCCUACACUGAAAUAUGCAAAAAUGAAUGCAACAAAAUUAAGCUAUUUGGUGUUCGGAUUAGUGUUGCGAACGCCGAUCCAUCUUCCAUCCGAAAGUGUAGGAGCAUGGAUGAUUUAGAGGCGGCCGACCCUGCCCUCGACGACCCGGGAUAUCUCUCGGAUGGAUUUGUUCAUCAACAUGGAUCUCACAAAAGAAAGCGAGGGAAUCCGUGGAGUGAGGAGGAGCAUAGAUCAUUCUUGAAAGGUUUAGAGAAAUUGGGAAGAGGUAAUUGGAAAGGAAUUGCAACCGAAUUUGUUCCCUCAAGAAAAUCCUCCCAAGUUGCUAGUCAUGCUCAAAAAUAUUUCAACCGAUUGAAAUUGACAAUUUCCAACAAGAAACGACGCCGUGCCAGCGUAUUCGACAUGGCUAGUAUUUCAGCUGCAGUUUCAAAGGAUAUAAGGGAGCACAAAGAAAUGCCCCAUGUUAAAAGGCCGCAGCCCGUGCAACCCUAUUCAUGGCGGCCCGAUCUUCAGGUGAAGUAGCUGAAGUGGCAGGGAAGAAGGUGCUUGAACUGGAUCCCGAUGAUGAUGUUGUUUACGAGCUCCUUUUCAGCAUCAACGACAACAUCUAUCGCUCCAAGAACAGGUGAGACGAAGC